UUGUUUCCUGCACCUACGCCAACCUGUUUACCGUACUCUGAUCAAACGUACAUCAUGAGUUUCUUGUACCUGGGAGUUGUCGUGUUUUUCACCUUGAUACCUGUAAUGCUGAACAUGCACGUUAUGGAUGAUGGGCUGUCUCUGAACUGUUCACAAAAGGAAGUACAAUGUAAACCAGAAUUUAAUAACUGCAUGUAUGAUGGGUUGCUCAAGCCUUCAAAUUUCACUCCUAGUGGUCCAGAUGAUUUAAGAGUACUUAUUGAUGUAAGAACUAACAAAAAAGGUGAACUAGAGCCAGUGAUAGUGGCAGAAUGGAAAGCGAAGGAUGAUGGAAGCAUACGUUUUUUGGAAGGAACAGAGCUCAGUGUGACCAAGUUAUCUACCAAUGCGCAUCUGUGCGUCCAUUACAUGUUCCUCCAAAAGUUUAACUCCAUGAAAAAUUCUGAUGGUGAAAAGUGGUCUUUUUCUCUGGAUAAAGUUGUGGUAGAUCCAGGCCUUGCAUACCUAGUGACUGUCUCCAAUCUUCCUAAGCCAAAUUUAGAACACACCAAUUACAACAUCAACAAAAGAGUUGUUGUUCCAGAUUGUGAUGAUCCUUUGAUUCGCCCGACCAAAAUCUGUUAUGAAAUAGGGGAAACGUGGCAACCUAAUGUUACCGCGGGGAAGACCGUAGGUCUGGAUGGCAAGCCUGUUCUAUCUGUGGCAUUUAAUCCUGGAGAGAAUGCAGAAAAGUACAAUGUUUUUGUAAGGUGCAACAAGGACAGCCAAACGAAGACUCUUUUUAAGGAUAGUCAGACAUUACUAAAUGUGACGUAUGACCUGGAUAACUGGCCGAAGACUUGCUGCAAUUUUGAUGCUGAGAUCAAGCCAUUUUUCCCUAAGUGUGGUAAUGACUGUCGCCGAAAGAAUCACAAAUUUAACAUUUGUCCUGAACCACUUCCAACUACCCCCACCUGCACAAAUUCAAUACUAUGGAUCAUUUAUGUUGGUUUAAGCCUCCUCAUUUGUGGCGUUGCUUUUUAUGCCAUUUAUUUGCACUGCAGGAAACAGCAUAAAGAUCCAGAAACGCCUCCCGACCCUCAUGAAACGGAAAUGUCUGUUCCACCUGGCUCACGAUCCGUAUUGAUCGUCUACUCCAGGGAUCAUCCUCUAUACACAGACAUAGUUCUAAAACUCUCUGCCUUCCUGCGGGCCAAAUGCGGGGUGGAGGUCGUGCUAGACUUGCUCGACACUACAUGGCUCGGCACCAUCGGCCGCUUACAGUGGAUCGAGCAACAAAAGCGUCGCAUCGAGCAAAACUCAGGCAAGAUCCUGGUCCUGUGUUCCCCAGGGGUGCAAGCGAAAUGGGGCGCUAUCUGCGGUGAGCCUCGCAUCCUUCUACGGGAAGACGCACGAUCUCCGAUGGGAGACAUGCUGACCCUCGCCCUCCAGCUGAUCACACCUGAUAUGCAGUAUCCCGCUUCCUACGGGAAGUAUUUGGUGGCGUACUUCGAUGACAUAAGCAGCGACUGCAACGUGCCCUCUAUGUUUGACAUUGCGGUGAAGUACAAGCUGAUGAAGCAUUUCGAAGAGCUCUACUUUCACAUCCUCGACAUGGAGAAAUAUCAGCAGGGGAUGAUGCAUUGCAUUAAAGGAAUCAGCAAAGACGACUACUACAAGUGCCCUUCGGGAAAAGCCUUGAGGGAUGCAGUAGAAACCUUCCAGGCCUACCAAAUGGAGAAUCCGGAUUGGUUCGAGAGCGAGUGCGUGAACAGCGAAGACGACGUGAGAGGAGAGUCCAGCCCGCUUCUUGACAUCCAAACUGGAGUGCAGCCCAUUUACGAGUUGAAGCCUGUGUAUAACCACGGUCUUCCGAUCCUCGUGAAUGAGGUGGAAAUCCACCAGGAGAUCCACAGCGUUUGCGCCGUGAUUCCACAAAUUCAUGACAUCCCUGAGGAGUCCUCCGUCAGGAUGAUUAGUCCCGUGGUCAAUUCGCAUCACAGCCAAGUGGUUUCCAAUCAUCCAGAAGUGGAACCUCCUCUUCAAGUAUCUAUCGUUGGUAUGAUCCCCAAUGGCCCCGAGAGCUACCCGUAUGUCCCCGGUGAACCAGUAUCUGUGGAACCAUCACAUCCUCCUUUGGAGUCAAGAUUGAAUGAAAUGUUUUCCGUGGGGGAACAGUCGGAGAGCUGUCAGACGGCGAACAGCGAUGGUCAGUCCUUUGCGCCGCCUUCCGAACAAGCUGUUCAGCAGCUGGUGGACUUAUUUAACACUUUUUGGACUCUUCGGGAAGUCACAGCACCUCCGCCGUCAAUGGAAGACAGCUUCCAGUUAAACCAGGAGAUGGACUUAUCCCAACCAGCGGAGGUGGAGGAACAUGAAAUGGAUGGAGCUUCACAAACCAGACCAUCAGAGGGGUCGGACCAGGGCUAUAGUUCCAGAUAGUGUUAGAGAGAUUAAUAUACACUAUGUAAUUAUUUUAUAUAACAAUUUCUGAUAUAUAUGAAAUGAUGACAUUGGCACAUGAGUGCGAUCAGAUCACUUUUACUGUACAAGUAUCUUUAAUAAACAGGUUUAUACAGAACAGCAGAGCACACACUUUCAAGCUUAUGUGUAACUAUUCAACACAAGUCAAAGUAUUUCUGUUGGGCUUGUUCAGUAAAUUUGUUUGUAUAUUGCACUGGAAUUGCUUUUUAUUUUGAUUGUUGUUUUUACAGUUUGUCAGCUAUUAUUCUGUUAGAAUCUGUAUAUAAUUGCAUUGACUAUGUUUCUAAUUUUAUAAAGCAGCACUCUUUGGUAA